UCGCGGCUAUCGACAUCGGAUGAAAGAUUUCUAUUGCUAAAUUCCUUGUAGUUUGUAUUAUCCAAGAUCAUGCCACCAUGUGCAAGGUAUGAAUGCUAAGUACGGUAUAUCAACUCAAGGUUUCAACAUAGUCGAUCAAACUGUCCACCCAACCAACCCGAAUGCAUGCAUACUCAGGGCUUCGAAUCAAAACCCAGAACAGAAUCAUGGCAUCAGUAUCAUAAACGACGCGGGGAGGGAGCCCCACGCAUGCUCUAUCAGUUUGAGUUGAGGAGGCCGUCGGCAUCUCCACACACACAAGGAAAGUCAAAGAGAAAGAAGAUGAAUAGGG